CGAAAACCUAGUCGCUUUGCUAUAAAAGUCUUUCUUUCUCCAUGGCCCUCACCAAUUCCACGACCACACCCACAACCAUGACGAUACCUAUUCCAAAACGACAGGGCUCUCUAGACUCUCAUUGGUCCAAUCUGAAUACACCUCACGUGAUAUUCGAAACCACGUGACCAGCUUCUCCUCCACACUGACCCUCAUAUCUGACCGGGAUCGGCUUUGCCUUUGUAGGUGCUCGCAGUCGGGUAUUUUGUAUAUGUACUCGGCUUGAGUCUUCUUCUUCACCAUGAAGCGCGACGACCUCCCGUCCCUCCUUUUACUGCCAUUUCCGCCCAAUCCCGCCAGCCGGCAGUCCCUCAGUGCGGCCUAUCGACCCCCACUGACGGCUGCCCUGUCCAAACUGAAGCGGCCCGACAAGGCAUCGAAACUAAUCAUUGCGGUGGCCUGUCCCAUCCUCCAUGGCCAGUUUUUUAGAGACAAGACCUUCUCCUGGGCAGAGUUGCAAUCGUUAGUUGCGGGGAUCUACUCUAUAGUGUCCGUCAUCUGUGCCCAGCAGUCAAUCGCCGCGGAUGUCGAGGCUGGGCCUGGUUCCGUGGAUGCCACUGUGGUCCUGGUAGACCAUGACCGGGAGAAGCGCUUCAUGCCCGACUUCCGCCCUGCCAUUGAACCCAACAACACUGCAAUCGUGGAUCUUGCCACCUUUUCCUCGGCCUAUUACCCAUGGAACUUUAUCUUCCAUGUCAGGUGCGAGGCUGGCCUUAAACUGCACCAGACAUACCUGCAGCUUUCCGAAGGGAGACAAACGCUGUUGCAAGAACAGCUCGUUCCUGUCGAGGGUGGGCUCAGCAUGAACGUUACCGGGGACCAACCAAAAGUGUUGCCAGCACAGACGCAAACUCGUUCUGUCGUCUGCCUGGGAGGGACUUUCGAUCAUCUGCACCCUGGCCACAAGUUGCUGCUCACCGCCGGAGCAUUCCUGCUCAAGGUGCCAGACGAGGGUUCCUCGGAGACAUCCAAGUUCAUCAUCGGCGUCACCGGCGAUGAGAUGCUAAAGAAUAAGAAGUUUGCGGAAUAUGUCGAACCCUGGGACACGAGGGCUCGCAACAUUCUGCGUUUCCUGUCUACCCUGUUAGGCCUGUCGAGCAGAGGGUGGAAGGACAUUGCACAUGCCCAGAUUCGGGAGGAGGAUGGCCAGUUUUCCGCGUCGUUCAGAGACGGGCUGAUUACGGUUCACUGCGUCGAGAUCCAAGAUGCCUUUGGUCCGACAAUCACAACCGAGGAUAUGGACAUACUGGUCGUUUCGGGCGAGACAAGGUCCGGCGGCCGUGCAGUGAAUGACAGGCGCGUUGAGCGGGGUUGGCACCCACUGGAAGUCUACGAGGUCGAUGUUCUUGACGCUGAAGAGAUUUCGGACGAGCCGUCGAGGGGAGAACAGAGCUUUGCUUCCAAGAUCAGCAGCACGGCUAUUCGGCAGCAAAGAGCCGAGGGGAAGAAGACGGGCGCAGGUGCCUGAGCUACGAUGCCACACGAUAAUUAGUAGUAAAAGAUAAGAGAGGACACAGACGGGUACUCGGGCUGCAAUGGAAACCAACCUAGGAUGGUGUUUUCGUGCGAGAGCUCGUCUUUACCCACUAUCGUUAGUACUGGUGGGAUGAGGUAAAUCAGCCGUCUCUCACAGCACCGGAAUGUGACAGGACAUGACGUUUAUAAUAAUAUGAGACUGCAGCCACUCACAAAUCAAUUAAAUUUUCUGUAG